GGUGAUUCCCAAAGAAACUAGAGUGCGGCGUGAACAUGGUGAGAGAAGGGAAAUCGUCGGACCACGUUUGGGACGGAGAUUGAGGGAGUAGUCCUUGGUCAAAUUUCCACCACAUUUCUCUUGCUUAUUUUCAUUCUGAUCUUAGCUCUUAAACUGCUCGGAAUGGUGUUUUUUUAUGCUCCAGCGACAGGGGAGAGCGCUGGGUUGGGGCAGAUAGAGGGAAGCAAAAGAAAACACGGAAGUAUGCUAUCAUGAAGCGAAUGCUUAGUCUCAGAGAUCAGAGACUUAAAGAAAAGGAUAGAUUAAAACCGAAAAAGAAAGAAAAGAAAGAUCCCAGUGCACUCAAGGAAAGAGAAGUCCCCCAACACCCUUCCUGCCUAUUCUUCCAAUAUAAUACACAGCUGGGCCCACCUUACCACAUCCUGGUUGAUACCAACUUUAUCAACUUUUCCAUUAAAGCCAAACUGGACUUAGUGCAGUCAAUGAUGGACUGUCUGUAUGCCAAGUGUAUCCCGUGUAUAACUGACUGUGUAAUGGCUGAAAUUGAGAAAUUGGGGCAGAAGUAUCGAGUGGCUCUAAGGAUUGCCAAGGAUCCAAGAUUUGAACGAUUACCCUGCACACACAAAGGAACCUAUGCAGAUGACUGCUUAGUACAGAGAGUAACCCAGCACAAGUGUUACAUUGUGGCCACAGUUGACCGGGACCUUAAACGAAGAAUCCGGAAGAUCCCUGGAGUUCCCAUCAUGUACAUUUCUAACCAUAGGUACAACAUUGAGCGGAUGCCAGAUGAUUAUGGAGCCCCUCGGUUCUAAUCCUUAAAAGACAAAGUUCCUCUGCCUCCCUUCGACCAACUUUCUCCUUUGCUAACUCAUUAAUCAUGCCAUAGCAUGAGUUAUUCCACUCACCCAUGUGCUCUGAAUGAGCUGAGUAUGGUUAAAUACACCCACUUUUUAAUAUUGUGUUGAAAAUGA